AUGGCCGAUUCCACUCUUCCAAUUGAUAUUCACACCAAUAAACUGCUCGAUUGGCUUAUAAGUCGGCGACACUGCAAGAAGGACUUUCAGAAAAGUCUGGACUUGAUACGAGUCAAGGUUAAGCUGGCUAUUCAGGACAUGCCUCAGAUUGAUGAGGUGAUUCAGCUGCUCAAAGAAAAUGUUUUUGACUACUACGUGUGCAAGCGGAUAGUGGAGAUACUUAAGAAGACCGAUAAAGACUCAAAAAACAUUUUUGGCCAGUACACUUCAAAGAGGCUGCUAGACUGGCAGGAAAUUGUCAAACUCUACGAAAAGGAUAAUGUCUACCUCGCUGAAGACGCUCAGAAUCUUAUUCGAAAUGUCAACUACGAGGUUCCUUCACUGAAGAAGCUAGCCGCCAAAUAUGAGCAACAAAUCUCUGAUACCGAAAGGUCAAUUGAACUGUGUAAAAAGCAGUCGAAAAACUAUCAGAAUGAAUUUUCCUCAAGCACGAAAAAAAUGGGAAUUGAGGGUGUUAAUAUCAAAGCUGAACUUGUUGCCCAACUGGAAAUUCUCCCAAAAAAGCUAAACGAGCUCUCUGAACAGCUGCAAACACUUAUCCCCGUGUGCAAUUACUACAAAACCUUUGUCUUUUUCAUCUCACAAAGCGGUAUUGAGUGCCUGCCCUUGUUGCACUAUCUGCUCGCCAAGGGCAACACCACUGUCUUCGAGUACAAAACCGGUACAACUCCGGACAGUGUGGAGGAGUUCAGGCUGAACUCGUUGAUUGCUGACCUCGGCUCAGAUCAUGACCAGCCGUCGAGCAAGGCGGAGACGGACGAAGACGGCGGGAUUGACUUUGGUGACGGCAUCGACUUUGGCGAUGACAACGCCAGCACCGACACGCCCUCCACCAGCAAUGGCGACUUUGUGAAGCUGGACAAGGACGAGCUGUCGGCGGAGAGUGAGAUCAACUGGGACAUUGGCGAGGAGACGGUCGAGGUCAAUGGCAAUGGCAUUGCCAAUGGCAGCGCUCAGCUGCUCAGCAAAGCCCUCGAUGAGCCCAACAACGCUGGUGGCAGCAAGGUGGCCAGGGGCGAGGAGGCCCAGUCGCUUCUCCUGUGCAGUCAGUAUCGCAAUCGAUUCAUCAAUGAGCUGAUUGAGGUGGAAAGCUUUCUGAGUGAGCGCCUGCAGGAGAUGAAGACGGAGCACAUGCUCUCCUCGCACCUCUUUCAGUCGGCGCCCAGCGUCCUGCAGCUGACCACGGCGGACGGUGUCCGGGAGAUGCUUGCCCAGGUGGUGGCCAUUCGCCAGGCGUUUGAGGUCGCUUCCCUCAAGGUCCUCUACUACAUGAAGGACAGUCCAAAGUACAUUGACAAUGUCUACAAAAAGUUGAGCCACCUGCAGGCGCUCUCGGAGAAGGCCAUGGAGCGGGCGGCCGAUGGAGAGAGUAAGCGCUCCAGCCUGCUCACUGAACUCGCCGCUGUGGGGCCGCAAACGGCCGCGCUGAUUCAGUUCACCAAGGCGCUCCAGCAACGGAUUGAGGAGAGCAUCUCAGCAAAGUACAGCAAUCGACCGGUGAACAUCAUGGGCGGCGUGCAGGUGCUCUAG